AUGAGAGCAGCGAUAAGAGCUGUAACGACAAACGAACUUACCCAAAACGAAGCUACCAGGCGGUAUUGCGUACCGGUAGCUACACUUAACCAUAGAAUUAAAUGUGGGAAAGGAGAGAAUACUGAAAUAGAACAAGAAGAACCAGGCAAGCAUACUGAAAACGAACAAGACGAUCCCAUGGAGUAUAAUAGAAGGGAACAGCACGAACCCGGCGAGUAUAACGGUAGAGAGGACAAGAAUCCGAUAAGCAUGUUGAAAGAGAACAAAUAA